ACAGCUGUUUUUGCGGAUUAGAAACAAAAGUCGGUGAAGAACAGGAUGAUGUUAUUUCUCAAAAAUGUAAGACUAGCUCAGUCAAAAGUCAAUGUUUGACAUUAUUGUAUAACGAGAUUGAAAUAUUGUGGCACGCUGUAAAUAAGUAUAGUUUCAGAAGAAGUCAAAAUUACAGUUUUAUGCAUUUAAAACUAAAAACGGUAUCGAAAUUUAUAAAGGAGUAAACAGCAUAAUGGGUAUACAAGGAUUAAUGUCAUACAUCACUAAUCAAAACAAGUUCCUACGACACCAUGAUUUACAUGAUACCAAUUUGGUAAUUGAUGGAAACUGCCUCAUGUCUCAGCUUUACAGAAAUAACAAUUGCAAUUGUUGCUUUGGUGGUGAUUAUGGAGAAUACGCUUAUUAUGUUAAUGAAUUUUUUGAUGAACUAUUAGAGUGCAAAAUUACUCCACUGAUUAUAUACGAUGGGGCAAUGGAAGAUAAAAAAUUAGAUACCAUUAUUAAGCGUUCUCAAAAUAGAAUUCUGAAUGCAUCGGCUUCAACACCUGCAAAUCAGUUACCAAUUUUGCCUGUGCUAACGAAAGAUACCUUCAAAUACAUUGCCAGAAAAAAAAAUAUCAAAUCUGUGCAGUCUACUUUUGAAGCUGAUGACCACAUUGCAUCUGUAGCAAAAAUUUUGAAUUGUCCUGUUUUAAGCUUUGACUCUGACUUUUUUAUUUAUGAUGUUAUGUAUAUCCCACUAAACACCUUUAAACCUGGAAUUUUUCCAAAUUCAGAAGGAGUUGGCUUUGUUAAAAAAUGUCAAAUAUUCAAAACUGAAUAUUUUUUGCAAAGUUUUUAUAGAAUGGAUAAAAAUGUAUUACCUUUGGCUGCAGCUCUUUUAGGAAAUGAUUACUUGAGUUCUUCUCUUUUUAACGAUUUCUUUUCAACUUUAAAAAUUUCAAGGAAAUUAAAAAAAAAGAAUUUUUUCAAGAAAAAUCACUCCCGAAUAGAAGCAUUGUUCAGAUGGAUGCAAACCCGCUCAUUAGAUAAUGCUAUAACAUCAGUCGUAAAUGAGUUAGACCCAGAGAAACGAAAGUCAGUAAUAGAAGUAAUUGAAGUGAUUGUUAAUGGUUUUUUAAAUCCUUCAUCAGAAAUGCUUGAACCUUUGGGGUAUUCACAGCAAGAAAUCGAUACUCUCAUGCAAAAUAUUUCAACUGAACAAUAUACAUUUGAAGAAGUUAAAGAUUUCAGAGAUAAAUCAGAAAAAGUCAAAGAUGAUGAAACAGAUUUAAGUUGUAGUGAAGAUGAAAAAGCAACAUUGCCAUCUGCAGAUUCUUUAAUUUUUAAGCCAGGAAGCGACAUAAAUAUAAAUGGAAAACUACCAUCAUGGUUCUUAAAAAAAUUUCAUACCACAAGAUUUCCUGCUUACUUUAUGGAUAUGAUAAAUCGCAGACUAAUUGUGGCAUCAGAACAGAUGGAAGAUUUUUCUCAGCCUAGUUGUGUCAACGUCAGUUUGAAAAUAAUAAGCAGUGUUUUCAGAUUAUUACAUAAUGGAAUAACUGAUUAUAAAUCCAUGAAAUAUAUCACAAGAGGCAGCAAACUUAAUGUAGAAACUUAUGAAUUAGACUGUGACAAGUAUAAAUUUCCUUUUGAUAUUCCAACUCUUGAAAAAUUAAAAGAUUUUCCAAUGUUAAAGAGAAAAGAAAUCUUGACAGGCACAUUAGGAGUUAAUGAUAAAUUGAUUACAGAAUUCCCACCAAUCUGGAGGCUUUAUAUAGCAACAAUCAAAUACUGGUUAGAUGAGGCUGAUGCAGUUUUCACAACAACAGCUCAUCUUUAUACUUUGGUAUUGCUAUUGAUUCAUCAUGUCAUCAAAAAAGUUAUUAAAGAUCAAUCAUACUUUGGUCUUGAAAGUGUAAAUGUCAAGAACAGUGAUCAAGUUGUAGACAAUAAACAGUUCACUAAUCAAGAUCUUGUCAGAGAUAUGCCAGUCAAAACUGCUCUGGAAAAAGUUACAAAACAAGAUUCCUUAGUGGCCCUAAAAUAUUUUCAAUUACAUAAACAAGUAAAAAAAGAAGAAGAAUUUAAAAUUGCUGUUGUUCAUUCAUUUUCCCUACUUCAAAGUUGUUUGAAACAAAGUAUAAAUUUGAAUGCAUUAUUGGGCAACCUUUAUCCAGAUGUAGAUAUUGCUGAAUUUUUCAGUGGCACAUUGGCCUAUAACUUGUUUAAUGACAUUGAACAAAAGAAACCUCGCUAUAAUUCUCAUAUUUCCAAAGUAUUCCAAGAUUCACCAAGUGUUUUACAGUUAUUUGUUUCUGUGUCGACAAAGAUGCAAUUCAUGGCUAAACAGAAAAAUCCAUCUAUUAGUUAAAUUUCAAUUUUUAUUUAUGAAACAGUAUUUGUUAUAAUAUCACUAUAAUUACAAACAUUGUUAAGUAUUAUAUUUACUUGUUAUCAGAAAUAUGAAUUGUUGCAGGUAAAAGACUGUCUAAAAAGUGAUACUACUGAUGUUUAUUUUGUAAGAGCAAAAUUGUACAACCUACUUUUUAUAAAGACAUAAAGAGAGUAAUAAACGAUUCUAUUUUGCUAAA